AUGCUAACAAUCGCUAUCGCUAUACGCUUGACCUCACCCGGCAGAGCGAUUUUCCGUCAAGAACGGGUCGGUAGAGGUGGAAAGCCGUUCAACAUCUACAAAUUCCGUUCCAUGCGCGCCGAUGCUGAAGAAAAAGUUGGGCAUGUGUGGGCAAAAAGUGAUGAUCCUCGGCAAACCCCACUUGGACAGUUCCUGAGACGCUGGAGUUUAGACGAAUUGCCUCAAUUUCUCAAUGUUCUUAAGGGCGAUAUGAGUCUCGUCGGUCCCCGUCCAGAGAUGUCUGGAUUAAUUGAUACGUUCAGUGAAUCAAUUCCGCACUAUCUCGCUCGGCAGCGCGUUAAGUCGGGGUAUGACUGGAUGGGCACAAAUCAACGGCUUUCGGGGAAAUACCUCCCUUGA